AUGGCUUUGGUUGCUCCUGUUGUUGCUUCAUUCGAAUGGACCAUUGAAGUUGCAAGAGAAUUAAUUCGACUUCGACGCGAGAAUCAUGACGAUUUUGAGUUCGGUUCGCCGCUUCUCCCUCUCAAUGUUGUAGGAAAUGGUACUCAUUAUAAUAUGAGUACAAAAUCUCAAGAG